AUGAUACUUUCUAUUCCGAUUGCAAAUAGUAAUGACAGUUCCUAUAUCACGGUAACAAGAGGGGAUUGGGAGCGCUCAAAAAACAGGGUAUACCCUUCAGUAACAGCCUCACCCUCAGGAGGGUGUUUUUUGGUAAAUGAUGGAUUUCAAACUGUAAUGUGUACAUUGGAGCCUGAAGACACUUACCGCGUCCAUGGAACCUUUUUCUUCAGACAGAAUCGACAUGAUUCCCCAGUGCUAUCUUUCAUUGAUACUAAUCAAACUGUAAGUGACUUUGAUUCUUUACAACAUUCAAAACCAACUUCAGUAUCGGUAAGAAACAUACAUAUUAGUGGCCUAGGAGAAAUAGUUCAUGUCUCAUUUUUAUCCCCAGAUAAAUUUGUACUGGUUGCAUCUGGGGGUUGUAUAGGAUUUGUAAUUACCACCCCGCAAUCUUGCAUUUCCACAGGUUACUCUGCUCGUUUUAGCAACUUGUGUGAUAUUAUGUGUGGUUGCGGGGUACCUGAUUCACCUUUCCUUGUCGUGUUAACUUUACAAGGAAUAUGUGGUGUUGUAGAUGUCAAUAACAGCGUACUCUUAAGUCUUACUAGACAGAAUAUUAUUCUUGAACUAGGUCCCCCGACGUCAUGUGCGGCUUUUUUAGAAAACGGGAAAGAAGAAAUUCAUAUUUUAGCGACUUUUCCAUCAACUCAGGUGGUGCAAACAUUUUCUGUAUCGAAACAGGCCUUAAGUACUGAUCUUGAGGAUAAAGGAAACUUUGCUGAGGUGUUUUUCAAACCUCAUCCAUUGAGUUCAUAUGCCUAUUCUUAUGUUAACAAGUUUGGAACAUCUUUUCUUGUGACUUCGGUUUGGCGUGAUAUAGUUCAGUUUUCUGUUUGGAACGGAGAGAAAUUGCGGAAUAAAAUUCUUCUCAAAAAUGAGAUGAGCGUUCCUUACGUUUCUGGAUUAUGGGUAGGUAAUGUUUUUGUGAUUGCUCGUGCAGAUGGCAUGGUAUUACCCUUCUCUGUUCGAUUUGAUGAGGGAAAGUUUGAAGAGCUUGAAGUUAUACCACAAAAACAUAUUGCCCUCACAUCCUCUUGCUGUACCUUUAUACAUGGUAAUUCCGAUUAUUUCUUGCUAUUGAGUCUGAUUAAUUUGGAAUCCCUAUGGAAUGGCACACCAGGUGGAAUAUGUGUAACUGAUAGCAACAACCAAAAUCACUUAUUAAAAUUAUGCGAAGAGCGGCAAAACAAAACGGACACACUUCUUAUUGAUAUUACUUUUUUCUGCGAAAAUAUUGCAGUAAUCAGUGUAAAACGUUCUGGGGAUUGUUUGGCAUUUGUUCCUUCAGGCAAUGAACUAAAAACCUUAUUUUUGGCUCAUGAAAAUGAAGCUGAAAGUGUUACUUCUUGCUUGCUUUAUAAAAGGCAAGAAAAUAUUUUUGUUACGGGACAUGUACAUGGAGGCAUACAUGUUUGGGUUUCUGGAAAGAAAAAAUCUGUCAUUGACAUGGUACACACAGGAGUAGUAGAUAAAAUUAUCUAUUUAACAGAAGGAAAUGAACAGUUAGAAUGUGACUUUAUUUCUGUUUGUACAGAACGUGGAACUGUAGCUCUCCAUCACUUUGAGACGUUUCAGUGUACUCGUAUUUUACAAGCACCAUGUACACCUCUUACUAGUUUAAUAUGGGAUCAACAAGCCGAAUGUGCGUUUAUGGUUUCUGGAAAUAUUGGAAACCUCUGGCAUAUUCCCACCUGUCGUUUGGAGCGUGUUUUUUAUGCAUCAUCGCUUAUUUCCAAAACCUCAGGUUACCGAGACCUUUUGGCUUGUAGUUCAAAUAUUGAUCCAAUCACAGUGGAUAGAAUUUAUGCUUGUGGGGACAUUCACUUCUCUUUGACAUUAAAUAUUUUUUCACUGGUAGAUAUUUUGAUCCAACACACUGCGAGUAAUACAUCACCUGCAUGCCGACUGGCGUUAUCCGUUCUAUUUUGUAACUCUCCAAGUAUGAAUUCAGAAUUCCCUGAGUUACUUAAUUUGUCUAAACCUGGAUUGGGCGGAGGUUUUUUUGAAAUCGGUACUCUCUGUGCUGGACAAUCUGCGAAGUACCUACUAGCCAUUAUUCUUCUUAUAGAAGCGUUAAAGAAAUCCCCAGAAUUAACUUGCUCUAUUGAUUCAAAAGAAAUGAAAGCGUUAUGUGAGUCAAUGGUAAACUCGGGUCAUGUUGAACAAGCACCUGAACCUGAAGAUGUUAUUAUUCAAGCUCUUCCACUUCUUUUGCGUUUGCCAGAAGUCUCUAGGAAGGCUAUUCGUGCCUUAAUAAGGGUGGCAGGGGAGCAACUCACAUCUACUCAAGUAUUAGAUUUACUGGAGAAGUUACACCAUAUUGCUUCCGAUGAAUCUUCUGUUAGUCGUUUGUUUAAUAUUUCAAAAAAAAUGAGUGAUAUGGAUAUGUGCUGUUAUAAAAUGUUUAUUCAAGUAGUAGUUCUAAGCGAACUGAAGUAUGAUAAUAAUGAUAAUUCCGUAAAUUGUACCAUAGAAAAGUUAAGGACGAUUGCAUCAGAAUUUACAGAAUUCUUAGUUAAUAGGGAAGAGAGAAGUUCCUUAAUACUUUUGCUUUACAUUCUUAGAGAGUAUUACCACUAUCUUGCGGUAAACAUACUGAAUAAUACAAAAGAAAUUGUCGAUGCGAUAGGUACCUUGGCAUUUGAAAAAGAAGGAGAAGUUUGUAAUGCAGCUGUAAAAACUCUUGUGAGCAUCGCAACUGUUGAAGGAAAAGGAUUUUUUGAUAAUCGUAUGAAUCAAUGGUAUAAUGAAAAACGUUCGUGGAGACCCCGUAUUAUUACAUUUUUUGGAAACUUUAUUGAAUCUGUUCCGGUUCAAUCAUAUUCUUUCUUUUCAAUUAUGAUGAGGUUUUUUCUACGUGCACUUGAUCCUCACAAUCCAAACAAGGAAGAACGAAACUCAUGUGUAAUGCCUGUAACACAUGUAAUUAGACUAGCUGUAGUGUACCUUCCAAACGUAUCCUUUCAGCAGCACCUGCAGUAUCUGGCUGUUGGAAAUAAAGACGGUGUGGUACAGGUUGUAAAUAUGAAAACAACAGGGAUUGUUGCUUCUUUCCAUUCACACAAAGAGGGAAUCCUUUGCGUUUCAUACAGUAGCAAUACUUCCAGUCAUGACAUAGCAGUCCUAGGAGAAAAUAUGGAAACUGUGAAAAUAUGGAGAGCUAAUCGUACUGGAAGUGUUUUAAGUGCGAUUUUUGCAGGUCCUAUGGUUGAAUUUCGGCUGAGAUUUACAGUAGAUAUUCCUAAAUUUGAUCGAGACUCAUCAAAAGACUCUGAGCAUCUUUCAUUGAUUACCAAAUGCAGACUUAGGUGGCUUUCGCCACAUUGUGUGGAGCUAAGUUCACCAUGGCAUGAUAGGAUUCAACUUUCAGUACAAUAG